AUGGGUUGCUGCAGCUCGGCGAAGAAUAAACAAUAUAUCACGAUGAAGAACGGAGUCAAAAUGCCCAUAUUGGGAUAUGGAACAUGGCUGGUAAGUGAAGCGCUAUAGAACGAACCCCGUCUAUUGCGGACAAUGUCAGAGGUCACAAGGGUCGAGAUUAGGCCCGAAUGAACCUCCGCGCAACAUCCCACUUCUACAUUGUAUACUAUUUAUUAGUUUGUCGGGAAAAUAAUGAUCGUGAUGUGGUUGCGCCAAUCGCGUCGCUGAAGUGGAAAGCAAUUUGAUUUCGCUGCGACGUAAUUCAUUUUCUCGGCGGCGAUGCGAUUUUCGAUGAGAGUGCUUAUUAGCAGAGAUUGCCACGGCCAAAAUUUUGGCUCCGGUUCCGACUCUGGGCUCGGGAGCCGGAGCCGGACUCAAAAUUUCCGGCUCCGGCUCUCGGCUCGGAGCCGGAGCCAAGAGCCGGCUCCGGAGCAGCUAACAGUGUGAGUAUACCGCCCUCCCCACCCCUACUAGCUACGCCGCUGGCUUUUGGAAGAAAUUUUUCCCCCAAGACAAUAGUAUUUUGAAAAUAAAAAAAAAUGUCGUCUUUCAGGCAAACGAUGAAGAAGCCCUCCGUAAAGGCCUUCGGACUGCAUUGGAAGCCGGCUAUCGUCACAUCGACACCGCCUACUACUACAUGAACGAGCAUGUUGUUGGAGAGAUUGUCAAGGAAUUUGUGGACAGCGGAAGGCUAAAACGGGAAGAUCUUUUCAUCACCACCAAGCUUCCUUGGUUUAUGAAUCGGCCGGAGUUCGCGGAGAUUGCGAUCCAAAAGUCGUUGGAGAACCUGCAGCUGGAUUAUGUGGACCUAUUUUUGAUCCAUCUUUCUACAGCGAUGAAGGUAAAUUUACCAGGGUGUCGGGAAAAUAAUGCACGACGUCUGCUCUAUCGUGCCGCUGAAGUGAAAAGCAAUUUGAAUUUGCCGCGACACAAUUCAUUUUCUCGAUUUUUGAUGCAACAUGGUACUCGCUAUUUUCCCGACAGACUAAUAUUAGAAUUUUCAUAAGGAACUUUUUUUCGCUUUUGUAAAGUGCAUUUUUAUCCUUGCCCACGCUUGCCGCUAACGCACGGUGGAUUUUCUGUUUUUGCACCGUGCAAAUUCCCCGUGCCGCCGCGCACGUCAAGAAAAAGUAAAAGAAAAACGGGCGCCCAAUGAAAAAGCCUAGAAUUUUUUUUGGCAUUCUGCCCGGUGCAAAUCCGUUUUUGUCCAAAUGGUUUGCAAUAUUUUGACAUAAAGAUUAUUAGUAAAUUACAAGAUAUUGAUACCAACAGAAAGCUCGAGAGUUGCUUAAGCUAAUAGAAUCAAAAUAUACCCAUAAUCAUAGUAUUUUGACAGUCUUCCAAGGCGAAGAAAACAACGUCUAAAUAAAAUUUUGUAUCGACGAUACCGAGCCAGAGAGAACUGGAAGGGGGUAUAGGCUUCACGUCAAAAAAAUCCUUAAACUAUUCUUCGAGUAUCUACAUCGGUCUCGUCCCGCUUGAUGGGACAGUUUUUUUGAUAUUCGGCCCUGAAAUUUGCACUAUUUUUAGCCUAGAUCGAACCGUGUUCAAAAAAUGCGUCACGAUGACACCCAUUCAGAAUGUGCCAGUGGCAUAAAAAACAGUUGUAUACGACUAGUAGUACUCCCUAGAGCUCCUAUAAAAAAAAUUAGGUUAAACAUUGUUGUUAUGUGCGAUUUGGAUGACAGAUUUUAUGAAUUUUUUUUCGCUGUGAGAACCUUUGCAAUGCCCGAAAUUUCUUGACGUGCCGCGGCGACGUAAUUGAAACUUGCUUGUGUCGCAGCGAUGUUGCACUUUAUGAAAAUACUUAUAUCAGUCUGUCGGGAAAAUAAUGAGCACUCUGUCGCAUCGAAAAUCGCAUCGACCUCGAGAAGAUGAAUUGUGUCGUGGCGAAAUCAUAUUGCUUUUCACUUCAGCGACGCUAUCGGCGCAGCGACAUUGCUCUCAUUAUUUUCCCGACAGACUAUUUGUGCUUGCAAAAUCAUCCUUUUUCGCUCUUGGAAUUCAAUAAUUUACCGUCAAAUUUCAGCCCAAUGAUGACUACACCGCGCCGGAAGAGGGGCCAGACGGAAAGUGGGAGAUUGAUGACGUGGAUCUGGUGGAUUCUUGGCGAGUUCUCGAGAAAUAUUACAAUGAGGGGGUGUUCAAAGCAAUUGGGGUGUCGAAUUUCUCCGCUCGCCAACUGCAGUAUGUCUACGACAAUGCCGAAGUGAAACCGAUGAAUCUCCAAGUUGAGCUUCACAUUCUUUUCCCGCAAUUCAAGCUGGUCGAGUUUUGCAACAAACUCGGCGUAACGGUGACGUCAUUUUCGACGUUGGGAAAUCCGGGAAGAAAGGCGACUGGCUUCACUUAUAUUGAGGGUAAGUUGCAAUUUUCAUGCAAUGCUCGGAUUUAAAAACGCGCAAUUUUUUUCUGGGAACGGCGAAUGUGUUCUUUUUGGAUGGCAAAAAUUAUUUUACAAGCUAGUACGCAAGAGCGACGCCCAUAUUUUUAUGAAACUUGACACAAAAAUUAGAGUGAUUUUUUCUGCACGACAUAUGCGAGAAUUCCAUUUUGCACUUUGCAGAAAUGACCGAGAUUUUUAGGUCGAAGGUUGGCAAAAAUCCGAUAUUUUUUGAAGCAUUUCGUCAUGAUAAAUUUCAUACUUAUGUAUUUCUACUGUUUCCACAAAAAAAUUAUUUUUUCCCUCUUUACAAUGAAUUAGAAGCGACAAAAAUUAAAUUUGUUAUAGGUGGGCUUCGUUACAUGCAAGUUAAUUUUGGCCUAAAACUGAGCCUUUGGCCAUAACUUUGAACGUCUAUAAUUGUUUUUCCUUUAUCUGUCUCUGCCCCCUGAAUUACGUCCUAUUUCCAGGCGAUUGUCUGAACCACCCACUGACCCUUGAGCUCUCCGAAAAGUACAAUAAAACCCCCGCUCAAAUCCUCCUCCGUCACGUAAUUCAACGGGGAAUUGCGGUGAUCCCAAAGAGCCUGAAUCCACAGAGAAUCCGAGAGAAUUUGGACGUGUUUGACUUUGAGAUCUCGCAGGAUGACCAGAAAAGAUUAAUGAAUAUUGGAGUGAACACAAGGCUGCAUGUCAUGGACUUGUAAGUAGAUUUUAAACCUUUUUAGCCGUAAUUUUUUCAAUAAAUGACUUGCAGCGGCAAAUCAACCCAUUUUUUCAGCGUCGCUCAUCAUCCCGAAUACCCGUUCAAGGAAGAGUUCUAA